UCCUCGUCUCAGUCACAAUCAUGCUGGCGUGGUAGUGGUGAGGGUCUCGUGUGCAUCCCCUCGCGAAAACAUCGCUAAAAUGGUAUAAAUCCCCUCGAAUGUAGUAAACCCUCUCGAAUAUUUGAAACCUUCUCGACUUUCGGUCAAAAUGAAUUCUUGGACUCGCCUCCUCCUCUUCGCAGUGUUAACCUCCCGGACGUUAGUGCUAAGCUUCAACAUCGAGUUCCGCGAGCCCAUCGUGAAAAAAUCCAGAGACAAGAACUCUUAUUUCGGAUUCAGUGUCGCCCAACACGCCGUGAGGGCCCACAGUCGCUCUAAGGACGAUUAUUGGAUUUUGGUGGGGGCCCCUUUGGGGCGGAAUUUGCAACCUUCCACUAACAGAUCGGGGGCCCUUUACAAGUGCCCCGUGAGCAAGCGCGACAACGACUGCGAACAGAUCGAAACGGACGGCAAACGGCUGGCCGGAGGGAGGUAUAAGUUCAAUGUUUUCGACUAUGAGGAUAUACCGUCUACGAGAAACGAACCGGCGCUUUUGCCACCGUCACACGACGAAAUCAAGGAGAAUCAGUGGUUGGGGGUAACGGUGAAGUCGCAAAAACCAGGAGGAAAAGUCGUUGUUUGCGCACAUAGAUACAUUCAGAGUCCUAAUUUGGACUUGCACCACUAUGGAUACGGUUUAUGCUACUUACUGGACAACCAAUUGAACGUCGAAGACGCCCUUGAGCCUUGCAAAGGCCGCCCUGUUGAAAAAUUGCACCAACAGUACGGCUAUUGCCAAGUGGGCACUAGUCUGGCCUUCCUGUCCGAUGAUUUCGUCAUAAUGGGGUCCCCCGGGCCCUACACGUGGCGGGGCACGAUUUUCGCCAAAAACGUAGUUGGCAGCUUCCUCGAAAGAGACAAAACUGUGUACAGGGGGCCACUAAACGACCAAGACACCCCCAUUGCGAAGUACAGCUAUCUCGGAAUGAGUGUAACCGGGGGGCACUUUUUCUCAAAAGACACUCUAACUUACGUCUCGGGGGCCCCACGCUCUAAUGCAAGCGGACAAGUAUUUUUCUUUAAUAAAACCAAAUCGGAGGAGCAGCUUAAUAUCAGAUUAAUAAUCAAUGGAUCGCAGUUCGGGUCGAGUUUCGGGUACGAAAUUUUGGCCGUUGAUUUUGAACAAGACGGCUAUGAUGAAUUGCUAGUAGCAGCCCCCUUCUACUACGACAAAGACCAUGGGGGCGCUGUCUACAUUUACAACAAUUUGCCAAGUUGCACCGAUUCGUAUUGUGACCCCAGUCAGGUUUUCUUGGGCAAAGCGGAGUCAAGAUUUGGGUUUUCGAUGACUGCACUUGGGGAUAUAAAUAAGGAUGGGUUUAUUGACGUGGCGAUUGGUGCCCCCUAUGAGGAUAAUACCGGUGCUGUGUAUAUCUAUCUGGGGCAAAAAGGGGGUCUCAAAAAAGAACCCUCACAAAUUAUUAAAUACGGUGAAAGACAAGGACUUAAAACUCUCGGUUAUUCGUUGAGUGGGGGCAUGGAUAUGGAUUUGAAUGAUUAUCCGGAUUUGCUAGUGGGGCUGUAUGACUCGGAGAGGGUUAUUUUGUUCAAGACGAGGCCCAUUAUUGACAUUGGAAUUACGGUAAAGGGGGUCGAGUUGCGGAAUAUUAAUGCGUCCAAGAGGGGCUGUCAGGAUGAUCCUUACACUGAUAAGACCUGUUUUUCAUUCAAGACUUGUUUCAAAUUAUUGAGCAAAUUCCCCCUGACCAGCGACGUCACUAUUCGAUACGAAAUCAAGGAAUUACCGAAAAAAGUGCCAAGAGUGACAAUCGGUAACGAAACAUUUGUUACAAAACCAAUCACAGUUUCUGACACUACUCAACGGUAUUGCACAAGCGAAACGGCUUAUCUCAUUGAAGGAAACGGCGAUAUUCUCUCACCAAUUUCGUUUCAAGUAAACUACACAAUAUAUAAAAACGACGUCGAUUCGCCAGUUUUGAAUAAAACCUCAGUCAAAACAUUCGAGGCGACUUUCCAGAAGAAUUGCGGCCCUGAUGAUAUUUGCAAGAGUAAAUUGAUCCUCAAUGCGCGACCGGUGGCACUUAACGAAACACUCGAGGGUCAUUAUUUGUUCAAUUUGGGAGUGGAAAAAGAACUAAUUUUGGAAGCCAACGUUGUUAAUGAGGGCGAAUCGGCCUACGAGGCCAAACUCUUUGUAAUUCACCCGGAAAGUUUGAGCUACGUGGCGUUGCAAACCCAAAACAAAUCCGGAAACACGAUUUGUACUUCAAACGGCACCACUGUCGUCAUAUGCAACCUGGGAAACCCCUUUCAGGAAAGUCAAUCAGUCUCACUCCCUCUCCGAUUCGAAAUCGCCAACACCAAACAAUCAAGACUCGAAUUAAAAGUCUUCGUUAACUCGACUUCUGAAGAGUUGUCAAAGCAAACAUCGCAAUCCUUCGUCGCGAUUUUGAAAAAUAUCGUUUCUUUGAGUAUCAAAGGUGACAGCAAGCCGGCAAACGUGUUAUUUUCCGGCGAGCCUAAAGGCCAAUCCGCCAUGCGUUUCUUCGAAGACAUUGGUCCUCGAGUCACUCACAGCUAUAAUAUAAUCAACGAGGGCAAAUGGCACAUCCAGAACAUGAAAGUCGAGAUUUUGUGGCCUUAUCAGGUCAAAACCGACCGCAAAGAAGGCGGAAAGUGGCUCCUGUAUCUGGAAGGAGAGCCCUCAAUUGACUACAACACCACCAAUUUUUGUUUAGUCGAUUCCAGGUUUGUCAAUCCAUUAAAUGUGAAUUCCUCCGGGGUGGAGGAACCGGAGUUGGACGAGUCGGAACACGUGAGGCGGAAAAGAGACGUCGCGACGGUCAUCCAACCGGAAAGUCGAGUCGGGGAGGAUGGCAAACUCCGGAAGAUUGUGACAAUGACGUGUCACAAAACGGCAGCUUGUGUCCGGAUUCAAUGCACAAUACCCCAACUGGAAGGUGGCGGGCAAAUCCGAAUCCGGGUUUCUUCCCGAUUGUGGAAUUCUACUCUAAUUGAAGACUACAGUCAAGUCGAUUAUGUUACAAUCGAGUCACAAGCUUUAGUUUUCAUCGAUGAGCCGGCCACUAUACUCACCGAGAAUUCCAUUAAUAGCACUUCGGUGAAAGUGGUGGCGUUCCCGGCCCUCACGUUGGUCGACAAAGGGGUCAACAUUUGGAUCAUUAUUGGGUCAGUCAUUGCCGGUCUUGUCCUAUUAGUUAUUGUGGUGUUUGUGCUGUAUAAAUGCGGGUUUUUCAAAAGAAAUCGAAUCCAAGAUCACACACUUUCCGGGAAUUUGAAAAAACAAGGAGAAAAUGAGACUUUGUUGAAGGAGAGUGGGAGUAAAACAGCUAAAUAAGCGGAUUGUGAUAAAAAAAACUGUUCAAACGAUUUAUUUAUAGUGCUGAAUGCUUUUGUGUGAAUGUUUAUUGUUGUGUUGCUUAAUUUCGUACUUAAGAAUCUUUUUAUCCCGAACUUGUUAUCAGAUAAAUUUGUACAAAUAGAUUUUAUUAUUAAUUUGUAGAAUAUUUUUAAAUAAAUUUUUUAAAUACUG